AUGGCAGAUGAUGAGCACAGGAGACUUGACAGAUUUGGAAGGCUUCGACCUCCAUCAUUUAGCGGUGCUAAGUCAGAGGAUGGUGAGGGUUUUCUGGAUAAGCAGAUAGAGGUGGUCCGUAGCCAGGAGCAUGGUGAUAGGGAGGCCAAGAGGCCUCGAGGUUUGGGCAGUUCUGGUGGGGUACCUUCUGGAAUGCAGUCCUACCACAGCAGGGGUCAUCCGUACAAGCACGCUCAGACGGGUCAUCCAAACUUACCACCAUUUUUCGAGAGGGAUUGCUAUGAGUGUGGAGAGCUGGGUCAUGUGAGGAAAUAUUGUCCCCACUUUUUGCGAGGUCCAGUUCAACAGAGGAGUUAG